AUGUCUGACGUUGAACAAGUUGAACAAGUUGAACAAGUUGCUGUUGAAGAACAAUCAGGAUCAAUCACUAUUGAAGAUGCUUUAAAAUCAGUUUUAAGAACUUCAUUAGUUCAUGAUGGUUUAGCUAGAGGUUUAAGAGAAUCCUCAAAAGCUUUAUCAAGAGGUGAAGGUCAAUUAGCUGUCUUAUGUGAUUCAGUUACUGAAGCUUCAAUUGUUACUUUAAUUGAAGCUUUAUGUAAUGAACCAGAAGAAAAAAUUCCAUUAAUUAAAGUUUCAGAUGCUAAAUUAUUAGGUGAAUGGGCCGGUUUAGGUAAAAUUGAUCGUGAAGGUAAUGCUAGAAAAGUUGUUGGUGCUUCUGUUGUUGUUAUCAAGAACUGGGGUGCUGAUUCUGAAGAACGUAACAUCUUAUUAGAACAUUUUGCUAACCAAUAA